AUGUCACUAAUCUGUUCCAUAUCUGGGGUAUUAGCAAAAGAUCCUGUAAUUUCUAAGACUGGUUACAUAUUUGAACGUAAGCUUAUAGAAGAAUAUGUGAAGUCAAAUGGGAGAUGUCCCUUUAGUAAUGAUGCAUUAACAGUUGAUGAUUUAAUAAGUAUACAUACAGAUAACAGAAUUACUCCCCGUCUUCCUACUAAUACUAGCAUUCCUGGACUAUUAGAAAUGUUACAAACAGAAUGGGAUGCAACUAUGACAGAGUUAUUCCAAUUGCGCCUUCAAGUUGAUCAAUUGAAGAUGCAGUUAAGCCAAAGCUUAUACCAACAAGAUGCAGCUUGUCGUGUUAUAGCUAAAUUAAUUAAAGAGAGAGAUAGUGCAAGAAAAGAUUUAGAAGAGAUACAAAAUAGAAUACUUGAAAAUCCACCUAUAAAUAUUUCUAGAUCUACAGAAGAAUCAGCUAAUGAUAGAAAGGAUGAAAUUUUGCAAGAAUAUGAUGGAAUUCCAAUGAAUUUAGUCGAUGAAUAUAUAAGAUAUGCUGAUAUGAUGAGACCACUUAGGAAGAAAAGAGAGUUCGUUAACCUGGCUUCACCAAUGGACUUAAAAUCUCUAGAUCAUUCAAAACUAUCCUUUAAAUUAGGAAGUAGAUCAAGUGACGUUCUACUUGAAUGUAGCCAAUUAUAUAAAAACAAGGUAAUUAUUACUGGACAUAAUGAUGGAGAUAUAUAUCUGACAGAUACUCAGAAAGGUGACUCAAUUUGUAGAAUUGAAGGUAAAGCCUGUACUAGCAUACUGUCAUUAUUAGCAAUACCAAGUGUUAAUGUUGAUAUGAGUAUUCCUGGUUCUGUAAUAGUUUCAAAUAGUGGAGACACUGGUAUUUUACUAUAUUCCUUGGCAGACACUGUAAAUUUUGAGAAUAAAAGUGACUUAUAUACUUUAAAAUCGAACAUACUUUUAGAAUCAAAAACUACUACAGAGUUUUCAAAUUUAUCAGUACAUCCAUUAAAUAAACAAUUCCUAGCCAAUUCAAAGAAACAGUCUCUCUUUUCAUAUAUAGAUAUUGAGACUUGUAAAGUUAUCUGUACACAAUACAUCUCAAAUAAUGUUUCCUACAACUAUGCAAGUUUCCAUCCAGAUGGUCUUAUUAUUGGUGGAAUUUUUGAUAGAGGAGAAGUAAUAGAUAUAUGGGACAUUAGGAAUAUGAAUAUUGCAACUCAACUCAAAGAACAACUUGGAAUUCCCAAAAAUAAUUAUAGUGAUAAACUACAAUUAUGCUUUUCUAAUAAUGGUUAUUAUCUAUUCUCCACAACAUCUAAUGGGUCAAUCCUUUUAUGGGAUUUACGGAAGGGAUUAGUAUUACAAAAUAUAGAAAAUACAACGAACAAUAGAAACAACAGACUUAUUUCUUUGGAUGACAGUGGUAAAUAUAUUGGAAGUGGAUGGGAUGAAAGAAUUUCAUUAUUUACAUUUAAUACGAAAACUUCUAUAGAAGAACUCGUUACUUUGCAUUGUAACAGUAAGUCUUCAAUAAAUUAUAUUUCAUUUGGUGAAUAUGCCAAUUCUAUCAUAUCAACAUACAGUGAUUCAACAAUAGAUAUAUGGCAUUUGUGA